AAACCAUCUGCCUCUCUGUGGACUCUAUCUCUCAUUUCAUUUUUUCGGGGUUUUAGGGUUUUUGCGUCUCCCCUUUCUCUCACUCUCUCUCCUCCUUUCACCGUUCUUCGACCGCCAUGACUGCUCAAACUCAAGAAGAGCUUCUCGCUGCUCAUCUCGAACAACAGAAAAUCGAUCAUGAUGAACCUGUUGUUGAGGAUGACGAGGACGAUGAUGAUGAGGAUGACGACGAUGACAAGGAUGAUGAUGAUGAAGUAGAAGGGGCACUUGAUGCUAGUGGUAGGUCAAAGCAGAGCAGAAGUGAAAAGAAGAGUAGAAAAGCUAUGUUGAAGUUGGGGAUGAAGCCUAUUACUGGUGUUAGCAGAGUCACUGUGAAGAAGAGCAAGAACAUUUUGUUCGUCAUCUCAAAGCCUGAUGUUUUCAAGAGCCCAACAUCAGAUACUUAUGUUAUCUUUGGUGAGGCGAAGAUUGAAGAUCUGAGCUCACAACUUCAAACCCAGGCAGCAGAGCAGUUCAAGGCCCCGGACUUGAGCAAUGUCAUAUCCAAACCUGAAUCCUCUGCAAUGGCUCAGGAUGAUGAGGAUGUUGAUGAGUCCGGAGUGGAACCUAAGGACAUUGAGUUGGUGAUGACACAGGCUGGAGUCCCAAGGGGCAAGGCAGUCAAGGCACUCAAGGCUGCUGAUGGUGAUAUUGUUUCUGCUAUAAUGGAACUGACCACCUGAUAAGUUUGCGUUCUCUUCUUUUUGUGUUUUUUGGUGUUUAGGUAGUCAUUAGUGCUUCCUGAAGCAUGGUCUUGAAAUUUGAGGAAUUUUCAGAGGCUGUUUGUUUACUUUCAGCUGUUGUACUGGUAAAACUUUGAGAAUAUCUUAUAUGUGAUGAAGCAAAGCACUUGUUUGAUUGGCGCAUGGUUCAUA